AGGAGGGAUAAGAGGAGGAGAAAGAAAAGAUACGUUGAUGGGUACCGUUCUUUACCGCACCCAUAUGUAACCAGAGUCUAGGCGAGAACGGAGUAGUAGAAGGAUUUGUUUCAUAGCUUAUACUAACAUUUCUGGCUAGCAUUUCUUAAAUUAUUAUUCACUGUGCUCUGUUGUUUCUAGAUUUAUAGUGGUUUUUUUUUAAGCACGGCGUUCGGCGUUGAGGCUCUAUAGUCUACAUACACUCCAUCAAAACCCAUUCUGUUCAAGCAGUGCUGCAGGGGGCUGUGUAUAAGGCUUUCAUUUGGGUGGUCCCCUCACAGCACUGCUCCGGAGAUGCUGGCCCUGUUUAAUAAGCUCUUGGACUGGUUCAAGGCUCUUUUCUGGAAAGAGGAGAUGGAGCUGACAUUGGUGGGGUUGCAGUAUUCGGGGAAGACCACCUUUGUCAACGUGAUUGCGUCUGGGCAGUUUAAUGAGGACAUGAUACCUACUGUUGGGUUUAACAUGAGGAAAAUCACCAAAGGGAAUGUAACCAUAAAGCUCUGGGACAUAGGAGGGCAGCCACGCUUUCGAAGCAUGUGGGAGAGAUAUUGCAGAGGAGUCAGUGCCAUUGUUUAUAUGGUGGAUGCUGCUGAUCAGGACAAAAUUGAAGCAUCGAAAAAUGAACUUCAUAACUUACUGGACAAGGCUCAAUUGCAGGGAAUACCGGUUUUAGUGCUUGGAAACAAGAGAGACAUUGCAGGGGCUCUGGAUGAGAAGGAAUUAAUUGAGAGGAUGAACCUUUCAGCAAUUCAAGAUAGGGAGAUUUGCUGCUACUCCAUUUCCUGCAAAGAGAAGGACAAUAUUGACAUUACUCUACAGUGGCUUAUUCAGCAUUCCAAAUCCCGGAGAAGCUGAGAAGAUCAAAACCCCAUCUGCAGUCUUAAAUAUUGUGGAGAGUUUAUUGUGUCUGGGACUUAUCAAAGUUCCAAGAAAAUGAAAAUGCACCCAAAUCCCUCAUAUUCGUUCUCCCCUCUGUCUGUCUGUGUAUUCUCUUGUCAUUUUCACCAAUCUUCCCAGCUCUCUUUUUAACUGUAUUUUUACACUCUCCUGCCACUUUCCCUUGUAAGAUAAAAUCACCCUACAUGCUCUAAUUCCUUCCUUUAUCCAUACAUACUCCCAUUUUAUUGUUGUUGAUGUGGGUGUGUGUGUGUGUGUGAGUGUGUAUAUAUCUAUAAAUGUGUACAUAUAACUUAAUUGUUUUUAUUUAAUGUAAUAUUUUAGUUCUGCUGACCAGUCAUUGCCUCAAUGUAUGAUCUGUGUGUAUGUGUAUAUACACAUGAGCAUAUAGACAAGACAUUCCAGUGCUACUUUAACCUACUCUUGAUUAUAUGUAUAUAAUCUGCUAUUGUUCAAGGGUUUGCACACGGAAAUACAUUUUUUUCCAACUGAAGUAACUGGGGCCUCUUGACUCUUCUCCAGUGAGGAAUGGGAAUAAUGAAUGAAGUCCUGGUCACCAUUUUCUCCCCAGUGUGCCGGCUUAUUCUACUGCCUAGUCAGCUACUGUUUUGUUACGGAAAUGACAACCUUUGUAGGUGAUACAUAAAGUGAAUAAAUCUUUUAAUGAAAACCUCUACUUGAAAUGACUUAACAAGUGAACUAAGACAGGGAGGAUGGUAAUUUUCUCUGGUUGGAUAAUGCUUGUUUUAAAACAUCCAAAACAUUUUAAAUAAAAUUAGUUACGCGCUCUUUUUUUAAAAUUUUUACUGCACUUCUAAAAUAUCGGAGUAUACUAAUUUCCUAAAUGUCUGCAAGGGUGGCAGAGCAUUGCUUUCUCAUGACAAAUUUGUUAAUGUACUGCAUAUUAAAGGUAUUGCUCUGGAAAUGGGUUGUCUGAAUCGGUUUUCAAAGUCCAUACCUGGAGUUUCAGUAAUUAUAUAAUUAAUAUGUGAUUAAUAAUUAACCAUGGGUACUAAACAUUGAGCUAUGUAUUUACCCUGAAAUCCUGCUGUGUUGAAGAUCAGACUAACCCCUUUCUACAGAGAUUUCUACAGUUCCUAUGAAAUUAAUGUUGUGCAUAUUACUUUAUGUCUGCUUUAUCCCCAUGUAUAAUUUCUCUUUCUUUUUUGGCUUCUAAUAAAUUAAUAAUUUAGUCAGUG